ACUGCAUCCUCAGACUUCUUCUGCCCAGCCACGAGACGACUUGUGGUCGCAUCGUGCCCCCGAGGACCCUCCCAAGGACUUGCCUGCCYCACGCCGCCCCGACCCGCCGGGAGGCUCCUCACCAGGUACCCAGCCACAACCUUACCUGCUGGCUCCUGACUCCCUGAGCUUCCAAAGGAUGCUCGGGCCACCAGCGGGGACCUCCGGGCAGCAGUGAGGGGGACAUUCAGCCCCUCACUCAACUCUUCUCCUGUGCCAGGAAAUCCCCCAGGGGGACUAGCAUGGUGAUUUUCCCUUGGAGCCCCCUGGCUCAGGACUUCUGAGAAGAUGCUAGCCCUGAGGCUGCUCACUUGCUUCCUGCAGCUCCUGGCUGGGCUGGCGCUGCCUGCUGUGCACCCCCAGCAGCGGGCCCUGUCUGCUGAGACCAGCUCAUCAGAGGUGGAAGUGAUACCCUUCCAUGAGGUGUGGGGCCGCAGCUACUGCCGGGCCCUGGAGAAGCUGGUGGACAUUGUGACCGAGUACCCUAGUGAGAUGGAGUACAUACUGAGCCCGUCCUGUGUCUCCCUGAAGCGCUGCACUGGCUGCUGUGGGGACGAGGACCUGCACUGUCUGCCCGUGGAGACAACCAACGUCACCAUGCAGAUCCUGAAGAUCCCCCCGGAGGGUCCACCCUCCUAUGUGGAGCUGCAAUUCUCUCAGCACAUGAGCUGCGAGUGCAGACCUCUGCGGGAGAAGAUGAAGCCAGAAAGGAGGAGACUCAAGGGCAGGGGGAAGAGGAAGAAAGAGAAGCAGAGAUCCACAGACUGCCAUCAGUGCAGUGACACUGUUCCUCGGACGUAACCACCCCUCGGAGGAGCGAGACCCCACCCCCAGCUCGUGUAUUUAUUACUGUCACACUCCUGGUGACCUCCCUGCUGGUACCUGUCCUCUAUUUAUUAGCCAACUGCAUCCCUGUUGAAUGACCCCUCCCUCCAGGACAAGAGGAAUGGAGGGAAAGGACCCUCAGGAAUUCAGUGCCUUAAACAGAACGUGAGAGAAAGAAGGAAGCCGGACACGGACCUGUGGGAGCUUCGGCUUGGGAAGAAGCCAGACCUGUGGCCUUGCAAGAGGCAGGCCAGGCCCCAGAGGGGACCCAGAAUCUGUUCCUGGGCCCAGCGCUCUGCACAGGGAGCCCAGCUCCUGGCCGAGGGCAGGGGUACAGGCGCGUGCUCAG